GACCUCUUUGCUUUCUACAUCAUUCACCUCGGACGCUGCCAUUGACGAUACCCAUUGAGCAACAUGUCCGCCCUCAGGAUUCUAGUUCCCGUUAAGCGGGUCAUUGACUACGCUGUCAAGCCCCGAGUCAACAAAGCCCAGACGGCCGUCGAGACGGCUGGUGUCAAGCACUCCAUGAACCCCUUUGACGAGCUCUCCAUCGAAGAGGCCGUCCGCAUUCGCGAGAAGAAGCGCGCCCCCGGCGGCGUCGACGACAUUGUCGCUUUCUCGGCCGGUCCUCCCAAGGCCCAGGACAUUCUGCGAACUGCCAUGGCCAUGGGUGCCGACCGCGGCAUCCACGUCGAGAUCAAGGACGGCGAGGAGCUCGAGCCCCUCACCGUCGCCAAGAUUCUACAGAAGACGGUCGAGAAGGAGAAGAGCAACCUGGUCGUGCUUGGCAAGCAGAGCAUUGACGACGAUGCCGGCCAGACUGGCCAGAUGCUCGCUGGACUCCUGGGCUGGCCCCAGGCCACGCAGGCCAGCAAGGUCGAGUUUGGCGAGGGCGACACCGUCAUUGUGACCAAGGAGGUUGACGGUGGCGUCGAAACGGUCAAGGCUAAGCUGCCUAUGAUUAUUACUACCGAUCUGCGUCUCAACGAGCCCCGAUACGCUAGCUUGCCUAACAUUAUGAAGGCUAAGAAGAAGAAGCUGGAGAAGAUGACUGUGGGAGACUUGGGUCUGACUAGCGAGAAGCGCCUCAAGGUCCUCAAGGUCACUGAGCCGGAAGCUAGACAGGGCGGUGGCAAGGUCGAGGAUGUCGAUGGCCUUAUUGGCAAGUUGAAGGAGCUGGGCGCUUUGUAAACAAAUAAAACGAGGCGGAUACUGGUCGGGGUUUUAUGUGCAUAUAUGAGUACCGCGAGGUACACGACUGGGCAAGACUAAAAAAUUAAUAAACAUUGCAUACG